AUGUCGUCCAUAGGCGAGGUUAGCCGGAGCACUACGAUUCCUAAGAGGUCUUGGCUCGGCAAGCGGAGCCACCAGACCAAGGUCUUGCUGCGGAAGAAUGCCAUUCUCGCCAAGCGCAACUGGAAGUCGACGCUCUCGUUUGUCAUCAUUCCGUCUGCAAUCAUGAUUCUGCUCUUCCUCCUCUCGCUCAUCGUCAAGACGCACUCGGAUUUGACCAAGAACGUUCCCAAUCCGCCGUCAAAGGCCAUUUCCACUCAGCUCCCGCCGUGCAAGAUCGGCGAGGGCAAGUCACAUUGCUACACCUUUAUCUAUAACUACGCUACCGUGCCUGUGGUGGCGAGAAUGAUGGAAAAGGUGAGGCUCGCGGCGGGCGUGCCGGCGGCGAAUGUGCAUGGUAUCCCAGGCGGCGAUCUGGAGACGCUCAACAAGUUUAUGUACGACGAGUACAACGUGACCCAGGCCGCGUACGUGUUCAACUUUGACAACGCCACCCACUCUGAUAGCCUUCCGAAACUGCGACAACGACCUCAAGUUCUACGAGUGCGCCAGGUCGGCCGCGACAUUGCCGUGCCCAUGAUGAUGCUCCUCGACGAGGCCAUUCUCGGCGAGGUGUCCGGCCGCCAGGGCGGCCCGGCGGCCUCGAUUGUUGCCGCCAUCACCGAGUUUGCCCACCCGGUCAUCUUCAACUUUAACGUCAAGUCCUCGAGCGCCGGCCUCUUCCUCAUGUUUGCCACCAUGUUCCCGCUCGUCCUCAUGCUCAUGCAGGUUGUGGCCGAGAAAGAGGCCAAGCUCAAGUUCUCCAUGUCGCUCAUCGGCGUCACCGGCGCCGCGUAUUGGACCUCGUGGUGGGUCACCUUCCUCGCCAUGUUCUUCACCGCAGACCUGCUCCUCAUUGCCGUCUGCUACAUCUUUGACUUUGGCAUUGUAACCAAGUCGGCCUUUGGCAUCACCUUUUUCCUCGUUGUCCUCUUCUCGCUCUCGAUGAUCUCCACCGGCUUCUUCUUCUCGACCCUUUUCCGCAACGUCAAGUCUGCCCGCAUGAUGGCCCUCUUCUACCUGUUCCUCUUUGGCCUCUUCUCCUCCAUCGGCCAGUUUGUGUAUGGCGACGGCACCUCGGUCUCGUCCUUCUGGCGCUACCUCCUCGCCCUCUUUCCGCCGGUCAUCUUCAACAAGUCGCUCGUUGACCUCACCAACGCCUCGUCCGGCCAGUCGGUUGUUGUCGGUGUCACCUGGGCCCAGCGCUCCAACUACACCGAGAUCUUCCCCUUUACGCAGGUCUUCAACUGGCUCGUCUUUGACACGAUUGUGUACUUUGUCCUCGCGUGGUACCUCGACAUUGUCCUGCCCAAUGCCAUGGGUGUCCGCCGCUCGCCGUUCUACCCGUUCUCACCACGCUAUUGGGGCUUUGGCUCUUCGGCGUCGCCCAAGCCGCGGCCCGGCGCCGCCUGCGAGCUCCCGCAGGCUGACGGCUACGUCGGCGGCGACGCCGGCGUCGACGACCCGGACGUCCAGGCCGAGGCCGCCCGCGUCCGUCUCAACCAGUUCCACGAGGAGCCGGCGCUUGUCAUCCACAACCUGCGCAAGGUAUUUGGCUCGUUUGUGGCCGUCGACAACCUCUCCAUCUCCAUCGCCCGUAACUCGGUCCUCGGCCUGCUUGGCGCGAACGGCGCCGGCAAGUCGACCACCAUCAACAUGCUCACCGGUGGCGUCGAGCCCUCGUCCGGCUAUGCCGUCCUCAACCUCGCUUCUGACGGAAACACGCCCGGCCGCUCACUCACUACCCUCACCGACCGCGAUGCCAUCCGUGACCACCUCGCCGUCGUCCCGCAGUUUGACGUCCUUUGGGACGACCUCUCUGGCGAGGAGAACCUCGCUGUCUUUGCCGGCCUCAAGGGUCUCGCCGGAGCUGACCUCGGCUACGAGGUUCGCACCCGCCUCGAUGAGGUCGAUCUCCAGGGCGACCGCACCGGCCUCGCUUCUUCGUACUCGGGCGGCAUGCGUCGCCGCCUCUCGGUCGCCAUGGGCCUCACCUGCGAUCCGGCCAUUGUCCUCCUCGACGAGCCGACGACGGGCAUGGACCCGGUCUCGCGUCGCAAGGUCUGGGACGUCAUCGAGCGCGCCAAGAAGCGGCCCAAUCGUGCUCUCACUCUCACUACCCACUCGAUGGAGGAGGCCGACGUCCUCUCCGACCGCAUCGCCAUCAUGGCCAACGGCCGCAUUCGCUGCAUCGGCACCUCGCUUCACCUCAAGCGCAAGUUUGGCACCGGCUACCGCGUCCAGGUCGUUGCUGCUCCCGAGCACAUUACCGACGUCUGGGCUGCCUUCCUCCAGCGCUUCCCGCACUACCCUGUCGUCGACACCACGCCCAUGCACUUUACCGUCGAAGUCGCGUCGACCCAGGUACCCGAGCUUCCAGGCGUCUUUGAGUACCUCCAGUCUGCGGCAAACAUCAAGGACUUCCACGUCUCACUCACCACUCUUGAGGACGUCUUCCUCCGCGUUGCUGAGGAUGCCCAAGGCGAGGAGUUUACCACCGUCUCGGGCGAGGCGCCGCUCGAGGACCCUGCCGCCGCCUCUUCCGUCAAUCACGACAUCCCGGUUGCCCAGCCGGUUGGCGAGCAGGCACCAGGCUCGGGUUCGGGCCCGGCCUCUGCCGCAGACACGCCGCGCUCCGACACGACUGCGCCCUCGCCGCCGCCACCGCCACCCGCCGCCACCGGCCGCCUCAAGCCGCGCUACGGCCUGCAGGUCAAGGCCCUCCUCGCCAAGUCGUACCACCUGCAGAAGCGGCGCAAGGUGACCAACUGCUGCCAGAUCUGCUGCCCCUCGUUCAUCGUCUUUAUCCUCAUUAUGGUGCAGCUCUUUGUCAUCUCCUCGCUCAACCGCACCGUGCAGGCCUCGCCGAACCCGACGCCCGCGCCCAUGAACUGGCUCUUCUUCCCCAACGACGACUUUCCCAACCAGCUUGGCUGGUCCGUGCCGGCCUCGCCUUCGCCCGCCGAGCUCGCCGUCGGAAACAGCUUGUACAUGGCGCCUUACACCAAUCCACCGCUCGAAGAGCUAUCCACCAACAUCUCGUUUGUCAAGACUCAGUUCAGCUCGCUCGCCGCAAUGCAGUCGACGCUCUACGCCGCGCACUUUGGCGGCGGCGGUUGGGCCGGCGGCUUUGACAUUCUCUCGGCUACGGACAACGCGUUCUCGGUCAACCUCCUGUUCAACCGGACCAAGGCCAAGUUCUACGACUCGCUGCCGGCGCUCUUUGCCUCGGCCUCCACCGCUUUUUCGCAACUCGCCCUCAACGCCUCGGCGCCGUACGAGCACUCGUACGUCAAGCUCCCGGUUCGCGAGCACGAGGUCAAGAUUGACAUUGUCUCGUUCCUCGCCGCCAUCCUCUUUCCGCUCAUUCUCUUCUUCCAGUUCCCGCUUGUGGUCGGCUCCAUCAUGCACGACAAGGAGCACAAGCUCAUUGAGAUCCUCAAGAUGCAGGGCAUGAAGAUGUCGGUUUACUGGCUCGUCAACUUUGUCUUUUCGUUCAUCCUCUACAUCGGCGUCCUUGUUGUGCUCUUUGCCCUUGGCUUUGUCUUCCGCUUUGACUUUUUCAUCCGCAACUCGUUCCCCACCUACUUCAUCCUCUUCCUCCUCUGGGGCGCCACCAUGAUUGCGCUUGCCUUUGUCUUCACCACCCUCUUUGGCCGCGAGUUUAUCGCCACCGUCGUCUCGUACCUCGUCGUCAUUGUCUCGUGGAUCUCGGGCUCCAUCCUUGUCGGCCAGGUCGAGGGCAACGGCGCGCAGAGCUUCUUCUUCUCGCUCUACCCGUUCUUUGCCUUUCAGCGCGGCGUCGGCUACCUCGCCGCCGCCGCCACCGCAGGCUCGGAAGGCCUCACGCUUGCUACGGUCAACUCGGGCGACGCCUACCUCGGCAACAUCUACGGCUACCUCGCCGUCGAGCUUGUCGCCCUCCUCCUCCUUGCUUACUACCUCGACCAGGUUGUGCCGGCAGGCUUUGGCGUUACCAAGUCGCCCAUCUUUUGCCUCAAGCCCUCGUACUGGCGCGGCUCCAAGGCGGGUUCGGACGCCGACGAGGAGCGCGCCCUCAUGUCUGGCCCGCUUCUCCAGGACAAGUAUCCCAUCGAAGACGAGGACGAAGACGUCGCGGCCGAGCGGCGCUACAUCCUCGACCCGAGGCACGCCGGGACCAACGCCAUUGCCAUGCGCCACCUCCGUAAGGUCUACGACGGCGGCAAGGUCGCCGUUCGCAACGCCACCUUUGGCAUCCGCCGCGGCGAGUGCUUUGGCCUUCUCGGCCACAACGGCGCCGGCAAGACCACCAUCGCCUCGAUGCUUUCUGGCCUCAUCGAGCCGAGCUACGGCGACGCCCUCGUCGCUGGGUACUCGAUCCGCGAGUCGAUGGACGAGAUCUAUGGCGUCCUCGGCGUCUGUCCGCAGCACGACAUCCUCUGGCCGACCAUGACCGCCGAGGAGCACCUCUACCUCUACGGCCGCCUCAAGCGCAUGACGGGUGCCGAGCUUAAGCGUGCUGUCGCCCGCACUCUCGACGAGCUCCACCUGACGUACGUCCGCAAGCGCCUCGUUGGCCGCUUCUCGGGCGGCAUGAAGCGGCGCCUUUCCAUCGGCAUCGCGCUCAUCGGCUCGCCGCAGAACCGCCGCGAGGUGUGGAACAUCAUCUCCCGCGCCUGCCGCUCCGGGAAUGCCUCGGUCGUCCUCACCUCCCACUCGCUCGAAGAGGCCGAGGCCCUCUGCUCCCGCAUUGGCAUCAUGGCCUCAGGCGCCCUCGAGUGUGUCGGUUCGUCCGGCCACCUCAAGGCCAAGUUUGCCGCAGGCUAUCGCCUCUCGCUCUCAAUGCACCCCGACCACAUUGACGCCGCGCCCGCCGCCGUCGCCGCUAUCCUCGACCUCCUCCCGCGCGCCUCGCACAUGCCGCACUCGCUCGGGCCCAACCAGCACUUCCACGUCCCCGAGGGCUCAUUUGACCUCGCAGAGCUCUUCACUACCAUGGAGGCUCGCAAGGACGGGCUCCACGUCGCAGAGUGGAACAUCGCCCAGACCACCCUUGAAGACGUCUUUAUCCGCAUCGCAGAGGCCGGCUCGGCAAAGGACGCCCUCGCUCGUUCGCUCACCGACUCGACCAUCUUUGCCUCAAGCACCGCCUCGCCGCCCCGUCCCGGCGCCCACGACGCCUACAUCCCACCGGUGGCCAUCCCCUCGCGCGUCGUCGACGACGACGACUACGAGUACGACGAUGAGCCUGACCGGUGA